UUCCUGGAGAGAGAGAUCCGUGGCCCUUCCUCCUCCUUCCUCCUCCUCGCGCUGCCUCUUCCCUCCUCCUGCUCUCCAGCCGGCCGCGGCACGCAGGGAUUUGGAACCCGGGCUGCAGAUGCGAGGAUCCGGGCUGCAGGGAGAAAGCGACACGCUGGAAGUUGAGAAAAGGAGGCUCGCCUCUUUCCGGAUAACUUUUGGAGUUUGCAAUAAGAGGGGAGUCACCGGGCGAGCGCUUUAAAUCUGAAAAGAAAAGAGAGAAAGUAAAGUUGGACUGGCGGCGGUCAUGGGCUCCCGGCGGACGCUCCUCUCCGGCCGCGCUGCGCUGCUCCUGGCCGGGCUCACCGCGGCUCUGUGGCAGCUCUGCGCCGCAAGUUGCCCGGAGAAAGACUUGGAGGACAGGGAAGAAGAGGCCAACAUAGUUCUGACCGGCACCGUGGACGAAAUCAUUAACGUGGACCCCGUGCACAAUACCUACUCCUGCAAGGUCCGAGUGUGGCGCUACUUGAAAGGAAAGUCCAACGUGAACCGAGAAAUCCUCCUGGACGGCGGCAACAAGGUGAUGAUCGGCGGAUUCGGAAACCCCGGGAUCUGUGACAACCAGGUGGCCACGGGCGACACGCGCAUUUUCUUCCUCAACCCCGCGACGGCGGCCCUGGGACCCGAACACAAGAACGAGCUCAUGCUCAACUCCAGUCUGAUGAGGAUUACCCUGCGCAACCUGGAGGACGUGGAGCACUGUGUGGAAGACAAACCACCUCACUUCACGCCGGCCCAGCCUCCUGAUGGCUGCAGAGGGAUGCUGUGCGGCUUCGGCGCCGUGUGUGAGCGCGACCCGUCCGACCCGGCCAAGGCUGAGUGUGUCUGCAAGCGAGUGGAAUGCCCGUCGUUGGUGGCGCCUGUCUGCGGCUCCGACUCCUCCACCUACUCCAACGAGUGCGAGCUGGAGAGAGCCCAGUGCAACGCGCAGCGGCGCAUCAAGGUGCUUCGCAAAGGACCCUGCUCGCUGAAGGACCCCUGCUCCGAGGUGACCUGCAGCUACGGCAGCACCUGCGUCCAGUCGUCCGACGGCCUGUCGGCCAAGUGCAUGUGUCCCCUGGGCUGCGACGGCAAGCCGGAGCAGACGGUGUGCGGCAGCGACGGGAAGGACUACCGCAACGAGUGCGAGCUCCACCAGCACGCCUGCAAGGACCAGAGGAACGUCCGCGUCCAGUACCAGGGACCCUGCGAUCCAUGCAAAGACAGCGAGAACAGCCUGACCAAGAUGUGCCGGGUGGAGGCUCUCACGCGCCAGCCCUUCGUCUUUCAGCCCCCGGAGUCGUGCCCCCCCGGCAGCGAGCCCCUGUGCGCCAGCGACGGCCGGACCUACCCCAGCGAGUGCGCCAUGACGGCCACGGGCCUGCAGAAGGGCCUGAAGCUCAGGAAGGUCCACUCAGGGCCGUGCAGGAGGCAGACUGACGGAGAGGAGUGCGCGGAGGAGUGCCUGUUCAACGCCGUGUGCGUGGUGGAGCAGCUGAACGCCCGCUGCUCCUGCGACCCCAUCGAGUGCGACGGCACCUACAAGCCGGUGUGCGGCAAGGACGGCCGCACCUACACCAACGACUGCACCAGGCGCAAGGCGGAGUGCACGGCCAAGGCCCCCAUCCCCGUCAAGCACCCGGGGCCCUGUGAUCUCAACGAGCCCAGCCCCUGCCUGGACAAGGCGUGCGAGCACGGCGCGGUGUGCGUGGUGAAGAACGGCGAGCCGGUGUGCGAGUGCCCCGAGGCCUGCCCGCAGACCUCCGACCCCGUGUGCGGCUCCGACGGACACAGCUACGGCAGCCCGUGCGAGAUGCGGGCGAUGGGCUGCGUCCUGCAGAAGGCCAUCCACAUCCAGCACAAAGGGCCCUGCGAUGAAGCCUGCGCCAACUGCUCCUUCGGGGCGAUCUGCGACGCCCAGAGCGGCCUGUGCGUGUGUCCGUCCGAGUGCGUGGAGUCCCACCAGCCCGUGUGCGGCAGCGACGGCACCACCUACGACAGCGAGUGCGAGCUGCACGUGCGGGCGUGCACGGAGCAGAUGGACCUGCGAGUGGUCAGCCAGGGAGAAUGCAAAACGUGCGGCAGCACUGUUUGUGCCUGGGGCGCCCGGUGCGUCCAGAAUAAGUGCGAGUGCCCGCAGUGCUCGGGCGAGGCCUUCUCCCCGGUGUGCGGAAGCGACGGCGCCACCUACGACAACGAGUGUGAACUCCGCGUGUCGUCCUGCAUGCAGAAGAGGAGGAUCGACGUGGCGAGGCCUGGCAGCUGUGACGAAGACUGCGGCUCCGGGGGGUCCGGCUCCGGCGUGGAGAGCUGCGAACAGGACCGCUGCCGUACGUUCGGCGGCUCGUGGGACGAGGACGCGGAGGACGAGCGCUGCGUGUGUGACUUCCUCUGCCACAGUGUGCCCCACAACCCGGUGUGCGGCUCCGACGGGAAAAACUACAGCAACGAGUGCGAGCUGAAGAAGGCCAGGUGUGAGAAACAAGAGCACUUGUUGAUCCAGAGCCAGGGAGCCUGUGCAGCAGUUUCAGAGGAGUCUCCGGCCGAGCCGGCGGCGCCGCGGCACUGCAGCCUCUCCGUGUACGGCUGCUGCUCCGACAACGUGACGGCCGCCCUGGGAGUGGGACAGGCCGGCUGUCCCAGCACCUGCCAGUGUAACGUCUACGGCUCGUACAAAGCGACCUGCGACCCCACCUCGGGCCAGUGCUCCUGCAAGCCGGGCGUCGGGGGCCAGAAGUGCGACCGCUGCGAGCCGGGCUUCUGGAACUUCCGCGGCAUCGUGACGGAGAACAUGAGCGGCUGCACACCGUGCAACUGCGACGCCACGGGCUCGGUCCGGGACGACUGCGAGCAGAUGUCGGGUCUGUGCUCCUGCAAGACGGGAGUCAAGGGCAUGAAGUGCAACGUGUGUCCAGACGGGAGCAAGAUGGGCAUGAACGGCUGCGACAACGGGCCCGAAGCCCCGACCUCGUGCGACGAGCUGGUGUGCAGCUUCGGAGCCACCUGCAUCGAGGUGAACGGCCAGGCGCAUUGCGAGUGCCCGUCGCCAGACUGCGACCUGAAAAACAAAACAAAGGUGUGCGGCUCGGACGGGGCGACCUACGCCGACCAGUGCCAGCUGAGGACCAUCGCCUGCAGGCAGGACAAGGACAUCACGGUGCAGCACUCGGGACAGUGCACAGAAACCAUCACCGAGCCGGCUGACCGACCCACCCCCAACCCCCCCGCCACCACCGGCGUCGCCGCCAUCACCACCACCUCCGCCCCCUUCCCCCCUAACAAGGUGUUUGCCAUGCCGCCGCCGAGGACAGCCGAGACGGAGCCGGACGAGCAGCCUCCGGCCACCACCCCCUUUACCACCAUCACCCACAACCACGCCCGAAACAGCCACCGCCACUCCAUCCACAUCCAGCCCGCCGCCGCCAGCGCCACGCCCGCCUCCUCCUCCCACGCCCGCCCCGCCCCCUCCGCGGCCGCCGCCUCUUUCGAGGGCUCGGGCAGCGGCGAGCCGAGCGGGGACGACCAGGCCGAAGAGGAGGAGGAGGAGGAGGAGCAGGAAGAGGAAGCUGGCAGCGGCGUCCCGACGGAGGCCAGUGGGGCGGAGGAGCCUGUCGGCCCCACGGUGGCGAGCACCACGGUGCCCACGGCAGAGGACAGGUCGUCCUGCGACAACUCCGAGUUCGGCUGCUGUCCCGAUGGCAAGACGCCGUCCAGCACUGCAGAGGGCGCCAACUGCCCCGCCACCAUGAGGUUCAGCGGGUUCCUGCACCUGGACCAGGUGGAGGGCCAGGAGAUCUUCUACACGCCGGAGAUGGAGGACCCCAAGUCCGAGCUGUUUGGAGAGACGGCGCGCAGCAUCGAGAGCGCGCUCAAUGAGAUGUUCAGGAAAUCCGCGGUGCGCAGAGACUUCAUGAGCGUCCGCGUCCGCAACCUGGCGCCCAGCAACUCCAUCCUGGCCUUUGUGGAGGCCCACUUCAGACCAGACACCAGAUACAGCGUGGACGACAUCGUAGGAGCCCUGCUGAAGCAGCUGAAGGCCUCCAGGGACACCAGCAUCUCCGUGAAGAAGCCAGAGGACGAGAAUAUUCGCUUCACCAAUUAUGGUCUGUCCUUCCCCAUCUUCACCACCACCACCACCACCACGGCGGCGUCCGUCACCACGGCCGCCCCCACGACCACCACCUCCAGGCCCGCCCCGACCUCCACUCCCUACGUCACCCGCCGCCCGCCCGGCACCACCCGCAGGCCCUCCGGCGGCCGGCGCACCACCACCACCACCGAAUCGGCGCCCGUCACCACCACCGCGGCGCCCGCCACCACCACCAGGCCGCCCCCGGCCACCACCGGCCCCCACGCCAGGGGCAAGCCGCACCACCGGGGGCAGAAGCCCUGCGACUCCCACCCCUGCCUCCACGGCGGCACCUGCGAGGACGACGGCAGCGACUUCAGCUGCAAGUGUCCGGCCGGCCGGGGAGGGUCCGUGUGUGAGAAGGUGAUCAAGUACUUCAUCCCCUCGUUCGGGGGCCAGUCCUACCUGGCCUUCCAGACCAUGAGCGCCUACCACACCGUGCGCAUCGCCAUGGAGUUCAGGGCGUCCGAGAUGACCGGCCUUCUGCUCUACAACGGCCAGGACGGCAAGAAGGACUUCAUCUCCCUGGCUCUGGUCAACGGCCGAGUGGAGCUGAGGUUUAACACGGGUUCGGGCACAGGCACGGUGGUCAGCAAGGUUCUGGUCAGCCAGGGCCGCUGGCAUCAGCUGGUGGUCACACGCAAUCGCCGAAACGCCAUGCUGAGCGUGGACAACGAGCCGCACAUCGAAGGCGAGAGUCCCCGGGGAACGGACGGCCUCAACCUGGACACGCCGCUGUUCAUUGGAGGAGUGCCUGAAGAAAUGAAGCAGGAUGUGAGGGAGAGGACCUCGGUGGCCUCCGGUCUGAUCGGCUGCAUCCGCGUCCUGGACGUCAACAACCGGGUGCUCAACCUGCAGGAGAGCGGCGGCGACAGCCUGUACGGCAGCGGCGUGGGCGAGUGCGGUAACAACCCCUGCGUGCCGAGCCCGUGCAAGAACGGCGCCGCGUGCCAGGUCAAGGAGGCCGAGAUGUUCCACUGCAAGUGCCACAAAGGAUUCUGGGGUCCGACCUGCGCUGACGUCCACGACCCGUGCGAGCCCAACAGAUGCCACCCGUCCUCGCAGUGUCAGGCGCUGCCCGAAGGUGGCUACAAGUGCGAGUGUCCCAUGGGACGUGAAGGAAGGCAUUGCGAGAAAGUGGCGGAGCGGAGCGGGGCUUACAUGCCACAGUUCAGCGGGGACUCCUACCUGGAGCUGAAGGGGCUGCAUCUCUACGGGCACGAUCUGCGCCAGAAGCUCAGCAUGACCGUGGUCCUCAUGGCCAACGACUCCAACGGCCUGAUCUUCUACAACGGCCAGAAGUCGGACGGGAGAGGAGACUUCAUCUCUCUGUCCCUGAACGAGGGCGUCCUGGAGUUCCGCUACGACCUUGGAAAGGGACCAGCGACCAUCAGGAGCAAGGAACCGAUCCAGCUCCACGUGUGGAACACGAUCAACCUGGAGCGCUCCAACCGCAAGGGAGAGAUCAUGGUGAACAAGAAGGACCCGGUCCGAGGAGAGGCCCCGAAAUCACGCAAGAACCUGCACGUAGACCUUAACCUGAAAGAGUCUCUCUUUGUCGGCGGAGCUCCCGACUACAGCCGGCUGGCGAGAGUGGCUGCGCUCACAGAUGGCUUCAGGGGAACAAUCCAAAAGAUCAUUCUGAUGGGAACGCACGUCCUCAAGGAAGAGAACGCGCUGCGAUCCAUCAACGUGGCCAUGUUCCAGGGUCAUCCCUGCUCCCAGGAGCCGUGCCACAACGGCGGGCGCUGCAACCCCCAGCUGGACACGUACGAAUGCGUCUGCCUCGGCGGUUUCUCCGGAGGUCACUGUCAGAACACCAUCUACGAGAAGUCCGCCGGAGAGACCGAGGCCGUCGCUUUUGACGGGCGCACCUUCAUCGAGUACCACAACGGCGUCACGAAGAGCCAACUGACCAAUGAGAUCCCAGAUCCCGAGUCUCUGGAGAACCCGUCCGACCAGAGUGAGAAAGCUCUGCUGGUGAACAAGUUCGAGCUGAGCAUCCGCACCGAGGCGACCCAGGGCCUGGUGCUGUGGAGCGGCAAAGGCGUGGAGCGCUCCGACUACAUCGCCCUGGCCAUCGUGGACGGGCGCGUCCAGAUGACGUACGACCUGGGCUCCAAGCCCGUGGUGCUGCGCUCCUCGGUGCGCGUGGACACCAACCGCUGGAUACGCAUCAAGGCCAGCAGAGCACUCCGAGACGGCUCUCUACAGGUCGGGAACGAGGCGGCGGUGACGGGGUCGUCACCUCUGGCCGCCACGCAGCUGGACACGGACGGAGCGCUCUGGUUGGGCGGUCUGGAGGAGCUGUCCGUGGCCCGUCGGCUACCCAAGGCCUACAGCACCGGCUUCGUGGGCUGCAUCAAAGACGUGGUGGUGGACGGCGUGGAGCUCCACCUGGUGGAGGACGCCCUAAACAGCCCCAAAAUAUUACACUGUUCCGCCGCCAAAUAACCCGGGAGAGACAAAACCCAGCAAGAAACAACAACAACGACAAGAAAAGAAACCCUCCCACCCGCUCCCUCCAUCGCGCCCAUGUCUCCUGCUGUAAUUAUUUUCUAUUUUUGUAUACUUUUCAUCGCUUUUUAUAUGGAAAGAAAAUGAAUAUGUUGUUUUGAUUUUUUGGUUUUAUAUAUUUUGCUCCUUUUUUUUUUUUCAAUCUGCACCUCCAUCCACACAAUUUUUUUUUCUUUAUGGUCUUUUUUUCCCGCCCAAAAGAGAGGUUAGAGUUUACUCUUUUCUCUUUUGUUUUAAAAGCAAUUUAAACUUUGGAAAGAAAAAAAAAAAGGCAUCCUGUUAUUUCUGAUCUUCACUCAUUACUUGAACACAGUGGACCUCGCUGAUGAUCUCUGGGUACUGCCUUGUCUUGGUGCCAUAUCUUUCGUCCACAUUCCCACAUUUCCAAGCAUGGCUCAUUCAUCAUUGAAUAUAUAUAUAUAUAAAUAUAUAUAUAUAGAAAUAUAUAUCUCUAUAUAGAUGCUAACAUUCCCCGUGUGAGAGCUGGACGCGUCGCGGCCGGCGCGCUGCAGUCCUCGUCACUCCGCUGUAUUUUCCUCAAGGAACUUCUGAGAUAUCAGUCAAGCUGCUACGGUGAAAAAAGUACAGAAAACCACUCGAUCAAGGCCCAACUCACAGCGUCCAGGAACGAAAACCCAGCCUCUCCUCUCCAUUUGAAUCCCAUCAGAGCCUUUAGUUUUGAAAUAUGACUCACUAACACAGCAACACAACGCGUGCGCGCGCGAGAGAGAGAGAGAGAGAGACUCGCAUAUCAUUAGUCAUAACUCAUGAAUCAUAGACAUGGAUAAAUGUUAUAAAUAUAGAGUAUAUAAAUAAUACCUGAGACUGUGAAUAUGUAAGAGGGGUUCUCCUUGGAGAAUUGUGCUUCUCAUGUACUGUUGUGCGUUCUGUUUCACAAUCAGCGGAUGAACUAACGAUGACCACUAUAACUGCAUGCACUUCUGCUGUGUUGCUUGGGACUGUUUUUUUUUUUUAUUAUUUUUUAACACCGAAAAUUUGAAAAGCCACUUUUCUCUGGGUUUUUUUGCAAGAGAACCUUUUUUUUCCUCCCUCUUCUUAUUUCCCACUGAGAAACCACAGUCACAUCUGAGUUUAUUCAUUGCUUUUAUAUAUUUUUUUCCUGUUAUAGUCCUUGAGUUUUUUUUGGUUUUUUUUUUGUUCCUGGGAGC